AUGUCUACAGGCAAGCCUGAAACGAGGGACCUAGAAAGCCCUAAGAUGUCUAUGGACGAACAUACUCGCAUCGAGGUGCCGGCCAACGUCAAUCGCCGAGUAAGACGACUGUUUGACCUUCGUGUUCUUCCCAUCGUCUGCUGUCUCUACGUUUUGUCAUACCUUGACCGAGGAAAUAUUGGAAAUGCAAAGACUGCAGGUGCCCAAGACGCCCUAGGUCUUAGCUCCUCGCAGUGGGCUUGGGUGCUAAAUUCGUUUUACAUUGCCUAUAUUCUCUUUGAAUGGACUACCAUGUUCUGGAAGAUCUUUCCAGCGCACAUCUAUGUUGCAGUUCUCUGUCUCGGCUGGGGAGCUGCUGCUAUGAGCUCUGGUGCGGCCCGGAACAUGGCUGAAUUGAUCGUGACCCGUGUCUUCCUAGGCAUAUUCGAGGCAACCUUUGGCGCCGGCGCUCCUUAUUUUCUCUCCUGCAUAUAUAAACGAGAAGAACUCGGACUACGCAUGGCUAUCUUGCUAGGCAUGUCCCCCCUUGCUAACACCUUUGCCUCGACACUAGCAUAUGGUAUCACGCACAUUCGCAAUUCAAUGGAACCGUGGAGACUUUUAUUCAUUAUCGAAGGAGCGCCGACUAUAGCCUUUUCUGUCAUUGUUUACUUCUUCCUCAUUGAUUCUCCAUCGACCGCCAAGUUCCUUACAGAAGAGGAGAGGACCUUUGCCGUCGAACGUCUGCCAGUGCGAGAUAAUACAUCCAACCAGGCGGUUAGCUGGAAGCAGAUCAUAUCUGGAAUAUUCGACUAUAAGAACUAUAUGCACGCUGCUAUACACUUCUGUUGCAAUUUCUCCUUUGCCGCCUUGUCCAACUUCUUGCCUACUAUCAUACAUAGUAUCGGCUAUGACUCAGUUACUGCACAGGGCUUAUCAGCACCUGUGUAUUUUGCUGCAUUUAUUCUUUGCCUUGCGUCUGCUUUCUACUCUGAUCGAUACGGAAACCGUGGGUAUGUCGUUGCCAGCUUCGGUGUCAUAGGGGCUGUUGGCUAUGGUAUUCUUGCUGGUGUCCGGGACUCAACAGGAGCCAGAUAUGCUGGAGUGUGGCUUGCAGCCUGUGGGAUCUUCCCUGCUCUGGCUAUGAACAUCACCUGGUUGCUCAAUAAUCAAGGCGGCGACUCCAAAAAGGGAGCAGGUCUCGCUAUCUCCCUGACCAUAGGACAGUGCUCGUCUCUUAUUAGCAGCACUGUAUUCCCCAAAUCAGCUGGGCCGUUCUAUGUAGUUGGGUGUGCUAUCGGUUGCGGCAUGAGUGGACUGAUUGUCUUUCUCGCCCUAGUCAUGCAUUUCCUGUUGUCAAGGGAGAACAGAAAAAGGGACCAACUUUACGGGCCCGUUGACAGGAACCAGGCAGUUGAUGUUUCACAGCAGGGAGAUUAUGCUAGGAACUUUAGAUACUUCACCUAA